AUGCAAGGAGACAGCUUUUACAUACGGCGGAAAAUAUUAACAUCCAGGAUAAAAUAUCGUAAAAAUCGAUUAGAGAGAACUUUUAACAAUGAGUUAGUUGAUCGUUCGGAAAAUUGGACACCUCAGAGCAUGCUUUUCCAUCAUAGAAGAAGUAUAGACCAAAAGACAAGAUCAAGCACUAGACAGAAGAAAAUAAGACUGAUGCCAGAUAUUAGAAUAAACCCUCAUUCUUGAAAUAGGAGUUUAUUCUUCAGCGAUAGCUCAAUGGAGAAACAGGUCCUUAUGGCCUCUCUCACCAGGAAGUACAAUAAGAAACUUCUCAUAGAACAGGAGAAGCGCAGAGUUCAGGUUGAGAGUUUGAUGAAAAGAAAGAUGAUUAGGAAACAUUAUUUUAACAAAUUUAAUAUCAAAGUCAGUCAUAAAAACUUUCUCAGGCUGGAUGAAAACAGGCUGCAUGAAUAUUUCAUCCAAAAACAGAGAAGUAAAUUGAUGAAUAAGUCUGCUAAGAAAAUCCAAACUGCUUAUCGAAGGUUUAUUGCAAGAAAAUAAGUAUUUGAAAUACCUUGAAUUAAUCAAUUCCUCAGCUACUAGGCUUCAGAAUUGCUGGAGAGCAUACCGAAGAAGAAGCUUGUUGCCAAAAGCUUGGAAGAAAUUCAAGUAUAAUAGAAUAACCCGGAUCCAAUAAAAGUUCCUCAGAGGAUAUCAUGCGUAUAAUAAAAUUCAAAAAAUCAA